UCAUAUUUAUUGAAUAAACAUUUGUGUCCGUGUUUUAUUUACUAUUUUAUUCAAAAUUUAUAAUAAUUACAAUUUGAAAUUUGUGUGGCUAUAAAGCUGAAAUUAUAAGGAAGCUAUUUGAGACUAAAAACACCAUGAAUAAUCUUAUAACAGCCGCUGAAUUUGAUUCUAAAUAUGACAUUAUUGAUACUGGAACACCAAGACAUACCGCAUUAUCGGGACGCUAUAAAAGGAGUUUCGCUUACUAUACACUGCGUGAACGUCUGCCCGUUAUUAUAACUGAAGUUAUUGAUCAAUUAAACAAAGAUAAAGAUGAAAUUGCAACACUUGGCAGUAAUGAUGAGGAAACACGCGAAGAAAUCAAAACCGUUGUGGGUUGUCUAUCCAAACUAAAAUAUCAACUGCAAACUGACAAAAAAUUUGAAAAAUUCAAUGGUGAAGAGCCCGAUAAAGAUGUGUGGAAUAACUUCAUAGCCAAUCUGCCCUCAGAUGUUGGCUCAUUCUUUCGUUCCUGUUGGUUAUAUGCCGAAUGUUAUAUGUAUCGCAAAGUGUCUUCCUUCUUUGAAAACACAUCAGCUCUAAAAUCUUUCGAUUAUUUUGCCAAAAAGAAAAAAAAUGGUCUAAAAACUGAUGGCAUUUUGGGAGUAGCUAAAGUAGUUAGACGCACUGAAAAAGAUCAAAAGACAUUUAGUAAUUUAAUUAAGCUUAAUUUAUGGGGCAACAAAUGUGAUUUAUCUCUCAUGAUACCCAAGGAAUUUAAACCUUCCGAUAAUGUAUUCGAACAAUUGGAUUCCUUCAAUAGCAACAUUUUGAUAGAUAAUAUCAAACAAAUAUGGGACUGUUUAGAAGCGGCCGAUCGCUCAAAACCAGUGAUAGUGGAAUUUAUUAAUGAUAAUGCCGGCUUUGAGCUGUUUACGGAUUUGGUGGUAGCCGAUUAUAUAAUUGAUAAACAAUUGGCUACAAAAGUACGUUUUAGUGUUAAACCUAUACCCUGGUUCGUAUCGGAUGUAGUGCCCACUGAUAUGCCCUGGACUCUGGAAUAUUUGAGUAAACACGAGUCACCCUUUGUAAAGGAGUUGGCCGCAAAAUGGAAGCAAUAUUUUGAAGAGGGUAAAUUUGUGUUAAGUCCCGUGCACUAUUUCUGGGUGUCGCCCUAUGAAUUCUACAAAAUGCGUGAAGUAGCCCCCGAUUUGUAUCAAUAUCUUGCACAGGCCCAUUUGGUGAUCUUCAAAGGUGACUUGAAUUAUCGCAAACUCUUGGGUGACUUGAGCUGGGAUCCCACAGACGAUUUUCUUACUUGCCUUAGAGGCUUUCAACCCACCAAUAUCUGUACUCUGCGCACUGUAAAAGCUGAUCUGAUAUGUGGCCUGCCUCAAGGGAAAGCUGAAGAAUUAAAUCGUUUGGAUUCACAAUGGAUGUGCACGGGAGAGUAUGGUGUCAUACAGUUUAUGGAGAAAGCGGCAUGUGGCUGCAAUGAGGCUAAAGAAAAUUAAGUUGAUGAUUUGGGGAAUUUUGUGGACUACGUUUGGUUUUUUGUCUAAUUCAAUUAAAACUUUUUAAUAUAAACAAUCAGUGAAAAUAUUUUUGUUAUUUUUUUUUUUAAAUUAUACACAAUUUAAAAUUAUUUACUUUAAUGGCUAAAUAAAGCCAUUUUAAAUAAAGAGUUUUGCUGAGCAAA